UAUAUAACAGCAACCUACGGUCCAAAAGAGCAAGGAAAAAGAAAUCUCAGUUGCUAGUAUAUUUUUUUUUUCAUGAUCAUAAAUAAUAUGGGUGGUUCAUCUUCCUCGACCGGGCUCUGCCUGCUGCUGAGUUUGCUGAUUCACAGCUCCAUCUUCUUCUUCGUGGCUUCCCAGAGCACGACAGCGGCGGUUGAAGGGACGGUUGUCAUCAAUGGAAGCUCGAGAAUCGGGAGGACGAACCCAAAUUUCAUAUGUGCAACUCUCGACUGGUGGCCGCCGGAGAAAUGUGACUAUGGAACUUGCAGCUGGGGAAGAGCUUCUCUUCUUAACCUGGAUCUUACCAACCCUCUGUUACUCAACGCCAUUAAAGCCUUCUCUCCUCUGAAGAUCAGAUUGGGGGGUACCCUACAAGAUAAGGUCAUAUACGAGACUCAACAACAGGCUUGCCCAGCUUCCUUCAUCAAGAGCUCUUCAGAAAUGUUUGGCUUCUCCCAGGGCUGCUUGCCCAUGUCGAGAUGGGACGAACUCAACUCUUUCUUCAGGAAAGCUGGGGCAGCGAUUGUAUUCGGGUUAAACGCGCUG